GCCCUCUAACCAUCCCCCGGGUCGCUUCUUGUUAAGCUAGCUAGCCAACACAACGGUAGAAUAAAUAUCUUUGCUAAACAAUGGUAGUUACCCAAACAAGGAUAUUAUUAUAAAAGGAGACAAUCUCCCGGCGAAAGGCAGAAAAUAGACAUUUGGCUAAAACGAGACGCAUCACAUCCAGUUGUGGAUCUUCGUCAGGUUUGGCACAUCGCUUUAUGUUUAUCCACGAGAAUAAACGACUAACAAUAACGAUGAUGACCUAAAGAUCUGAAGUGGGGAAAGAAGACCAGAUAGAAGACACACACAGAUUAUGGUCAUGUCCUCAUGCAACAUUUCAAUUCUCUGAGGUAUUCUCUACGUCUGUGAAGGACUUGGUCUUGCUUUUUCCCCUUUUUUUUUGUCCAAGCUUGUCUAAAUAUCACUGAAUAGAUAGCCUGGAGGCAAAGUCUGGCCAUUCAGUGUUUUGAUGUUUGAUCCUUAUGUACUAAGGUACCCUGAUUUAUUUAUUUUUUGGCGGGGGAGGGUCAGUGAAGACACCACCAACUAGAUCAUCAACAAGAUCACCAACAAUCAUACAAGAACCUGAAAAAUAGUUGGAAAGCUGUUGUCACAAGUUUUAGCUGAGGAGAAGAUCUUGGAAUCAACUUCAAAUAUUAUUAUUAUUUUUUUUACUAUUUUGCACUGAGACACUGAUGGGACAACAGUUAUGGCCAUUUGGAACAAAUUCCACAACGGUACCUUUAAAUCGAGAGAAAUUAAUUGCUUGAACUCUUGGAACCAUCACAAAGUGAUAAAAUUGUGCAUGAUUGCACAAUUUGAUGUAUAACAAUCUGAUGUAUAAUUUGUCCUGCAUGUCUUAAAUGUUUUGCUGAAUUUAGCUGGAAUCGUGCUUCGUCAUUUUGACUUGAAUCAAGUAUUAUAACGGCUGUUCAUUGCACUGUUCUUUACGGAGUACCAUCUCCUGACGCCUUUUUGCUAGCCUAAUGUGAAGUGCAUGUUACUCUCUUAGGCUAUUUUUCAAUUAAAUCUUUAAGAAAUUCUUCACAUACCUACAUUAUCACUAUAAUUAUGUUAAAAGUAUAUUAAAAAGUGAGGGGAGAGAAAGCUGCUAAUUUGUUAGUACAUCUCCACUCCAAGUGACACCAUUACUCUUCUUAAUAUGGAAUACCCCCUGAUGGACUACACCAACUGUGGUGAGCAGGCAGGGGGGGCAGGUGCCUUCAUCUGUACUGAAUGUGGGGAUGGGUUUGACCACUACCCUGACCUUUUGACUCACAUGGCUGAGCAUGGCACAGUGGAACCCUUCCCAUAUGAUUGCCACUCCAAUGGCUUUGGGGCGCCUCUUGAAUUUGCGCUCCACGAAAACGGAAUGCUUACAGUUGUGGACAGGUCAGCGGAAUAUAAUUACGCUUCGAAUGACAAAUCCUCCCAAAUUCUACCCUGGAAUCAGGUCCCUCAUCUUGCGUCUCAGGCUGGUCCCAUGAUCCUGGCAUCAACUGAAGGCACAUGUCCGGAGUCCCAGCCUACUUCAGUGAUUCAGACCCCCCCUCACCCUCCUCCCCUUGAGUCCCAUCCUAAGUCGGUCAUUCUAGCCUCUGCCAAUGCCCCUAUUCUGGGGGAGUGCCAGCCUGCACCAGUGAUUCUCACAUCCACCCAAGCCCCCAUUCAGGAAUCUCAGCUGACUCCUGUAGUUCAGCACCCCCAUCACGUCCCGGCUACAGAGUCCAAAUCUACCCCUGUCAUUCUCUCACCCACUAAGGCAGCGGAGAGUGAAAAUGGUUCCAACACCCUUGUGCCCCCUCACCCUGCACACUUCCGAUGUGAAAUGUGCAACCAGCUAUUCAACACAAGACUUGGCUUACUGCGACAUCAGCGAUAUCGCACAGUGGAGCGGGGAUAUAAAUGUACCUUGUGCUGCAGGGUCUUUGGUGAACGAGAGAAGUUGCGUGAGCACCUCGAGCAUCAUUCCCAUGAAAGAUUUUAUAGCUGCAAGCAGUGUGGUAAGCGCUUCCUCAAACAGGAGGCAUUGCGUACUCACCAAGAUGAACUCCAUGACACCGCAGGAUCCAAGACUUUUAGGAAGUUUGGAGAAGGACAAGAGGGCAGCAUAGAGAAGUCAUACCCUUGUAAGCUGUGUGGCCUGCGUUAUUUUUGGCUUUCUGACUUGCAGAGCCACUUACUCAGUCAUGCCCAUGGGAAGAUUGUCUCCAGUAUCCCGACUUACAAGAAGAGCCCACCCACCCAGAAAACUCCCUCAAAAAAUGAAGUAUUGCUUGAUAGCAAUAGUCCAUCCGAACAAGAUUUACCUGUCUUAAAUAAAAAGGCUUCCAUUGAUUUUUCUCUUACUACUGCCAACAUGAGUUUCAGACCAUACCGCUGUGGUUUGUGUGGGAAUCGCUUCCAGCAGUUAUCUGACUUAAAGAAACACCACCUUACUCAUCAGGCACUGGACGAUCGAGUACAUUUGGAACCAGAACCUGCACCUAAGCAGCAAAAUCGUACUGUGCCACCAGCAAAGCAGCUGUUCCACAGUGUAGCAGCAGCAAAGCGGCAAAUCCAUGCUGGGGUUGCAGGGAAGCAGUCAAAGCCACGGGGCAGGCCCCCACGCGGAAGCCAGUCCAACCACAAUUCGCGGGUAUAUCCAUGCAAACUCUGCCAUCGAGUAUUUGUGCAUUCCAGCAGUCUGUCGAGGCAUAUGCGGUACCACAAGGGGACUCUGCACACCUGUGUUUUUUGUGGGAGACACUUCCCACAGCGUUGUGAUGUGAGGCGGCACAUAGCAAUGUAUCAUCAUUCAGAAGUUCCACCAACAAAGCCUGAGACUGAGAAAGGUGCAGAGGUUGAAAGCAGAAAAGAUAAUUAUCAAGGGGCACAAGUCACGUUUGAGUUUGAGAAGGGGGCAUCUGAUAAGAGGGAGAGUGAUCUCUAUCCUUGUGCAAAAUGUGGAAAGCAAUAUUUGAACAAAUAUGACUUGGAUGGCCACAGCUGUGGUAGCCAACAACCCACAGAUCCUAAAGAGGUUACUUCUUCCCCAAAGCCUCGUGUGACCUUCCAGUGCAAUGAGUGUGGUAAGAGCUUUGGGUUACUUUGUGUAUACCAGCGUCACCAACGCUACCAUAGACGGGAAGUUGCAGGUGAGGUACACAAGUGUCCCCACUGUCCAAGGCGCUUCCGCCAGUCAUCUGCUCUUUUGCGACAUCUCGACACUCACCAGAAUCGGUCCCCCGGGGAGGAUGACAAGGAUGUGCGGACCUCUUCCACUACCACAUACGGUCAGGAUGAUGCUGUAGCCUUGAAGCAUGAUGAUGAUGAUGAUAAUGAUGAUGAUGAUGAUGAGGAUUUGGAAGAAGAUGAUGAUAAUGAUGAUGAUGAUGAUACAGAGGAGGAAGAGGGUUGUGGAACUGCCUCUGCAGAUGUGCUGUAUGAGUGCACAGAAUGCACCCAGACCUUCUCUUGUCUGGCAACAUUUCUACAGCACCAGAGUGCACAUGGUACAGAAAGUACUGGAUGAUGGAUCAUCAAAUGAAAAUGUCCACUAUGUGGUUCUUUGCUUGUCUAAAAGGGUUUUAUGAAUAAAUGAGUGGUAUCAAUGGUGUCUGCAAGAGUAGAACCAUCUAAGCAAGCCUUUCAUAUUCUGAAACCUAAUGUGAUGAUAAAUGAAAAUGAAUUCUGUGGCAUUGUGAGAUUUUAUAUGUUCUAGUGAAUUUCAGGACAGACUACAGUUUAGAUCAAUGUUUUGCUUAUGUCAAUAAAUAUUGGGCAUGU